AAAAAUGGCGGCUGCAACAUCAUCUUCGAGAGAUCUUCGAAGAUUCGUGGAGUUUGGACGGAAGAUAAUCGCAGUCGGACGAAAUUACAGGGAACACGCUGCGGAAUUGGGAAAUCCUGUUCCAAAAACUCCACUCAUCUUCCUGAAGCCGCCAUCCAGCUACCUACAACAAGGAGGAAAAAUCAAGCUUCCUCCAGGUUGUGACGAGCUUCACCACGAAGUAGAACUUGGUGUUGUAAUUAGUAAGACAGGCGCGUCUAUUGCGGAAUCCAAUGCAAUGGAUUACGUUGGGGGAUAUGCUCUUGCUCUUGAUAUGACUGCAAGAGAUCUUCAAAAUAAAGCUAAGAAGCUGGGUCAACCAUGGACACUUGCUAAAGGUUUUGAUACUGCAUUGCCAGUCAGUAGAUUCAUCUCCAAGACAGAGAUUCCGCAACCUGAUAAUGUCCAUCUUUGGCUGAAAGUUGAUGGUGAACUAAAACAAGAUGGAAACACUCGGGAUAUGAUCUUCACUAUUCCUUAUUUGAUCAGCUAUAUCAGUCAGAGUAUGACUUUAGAGGAAGGAGAUUUCAUUUUGACUGGGACUCCAGAGGGUGUCUCAGAAGUCAAACCUGGACAAACAAUAGCUUGUGGUCUUGGGGAUAAAAUAGACAUGACAUUUCCUGUGGUGUUGUAGAAACAUGAGAGGGUUAAUCCUUUACACCCUAACAUCAGUAUGCAUAUUCUCCAUACUGUUCUUCAUAUGUUUCCCAAAGUGUGGACAAUGAGAAUUUCUAAAACAAUCAAGAUUUUCUUCAGCAUGUGAUCAUUUCCUUUAUUCUCAUGACCUUAAUGUGUGAUUGAGGGGUGAUAUUGUAAGGAGAAAUAAGAUGGUAAUCACUCUAAAGGAUCAAAAGGUUAAAGCACAAUACCAACAAUGAACAUCUGUAUUAGGAUUACCUUAAUUAAAAAUUUUUACAAGAA